UUGAUGACCAUGACGAGCGGUUAGCAGUGGCCUCAUGGCAGCAUGGACGUCAUUCGGGUUGCCACUCUUAACUGUUGGGGUUUGAAAUAUGUCUCGAGAGACCGUCGGGAACGCAUUGCAGCCAUUGCCGACGCUUUCUCCAAUUCCGACCAUGAUAUUGUUGCCCUACAAGAGCUGUGGGUCGAGGGGGACUAUAAUGAAAUUCGAAGCGCCGUAUCACACAGGCUGCCAUAUGCCAAACGAUUUCUAAGCGGUGCGUUGGGUGCUGGUCUGGCUAUUUUCACGAAAUGGCCUAUCAUCUCCACCAGCGUCACACCAUAUUCUCUUAACGGAGAACCAAUAGAUGUGGCAGGUGGUGACUGGUUUGUUGGCAAAGCAGUAGGCAGUAUUGUCAUUAUGCACCCUAUCCUUGGAAAGGUGCAGGUUUUUGAUACCCACUUAUACGCUAAAGGAGGCGAAGAUGGCCCAGAAUACAAGCGCGCUCAUCGCCUGGUCAAUGCUUGGGAAUUUGCAAAAGUGGUCAGGCAAGCUGCUGAGCUCGGUAAUUAUGUGAUUGCUCUAGGUGAUUUCAAUAGUGUACCCAGUAGCCUUCCCAUGCGCGUCAUCCUUGAUCACGCUGGUCUGUUCGAUGCCUGGACGGUUUCCCACAAUUAUGUUUCACCCCCCUCCGAAGUGAUAUCUCCGGUCGACGGCAUCGUGAAGUACGGCGUUACAGCCGACUCCCCCUUGAACUCUUACCGUGAUCCAAAGCCAUCCCUCGAUCCGCUGGUUAGAAUGUAUCAAGGAAAACGCCUCGAUUACAUUCUUUUUCGUCGUCCCAACCAUCCUUUCCACAACCCCCCCAUCCCAAAACUGGAGUGUCAGGAUUCCAAGGUCAUCUUUACAACCCUGAUCCCGAGGAACAAUUGCUCCUUUUCCGAUCAUUUCGGGGUGGAGGCAACAUUUGCAAUCGAUAUGCCUGAGGCAGCAAACAGGCCGGCACCAGAAACGAACGACAUAUUAAAGAGCACUGCGUCGAUAUGGGCCAGGGAGGCUUCUGAAAUGUCGUUGACAUCCGUUUCGGCGGUCCUUGGGGCGCUCCAGGCUGCCUAUCGUGUCUCAUGGGGACGGUCGCGCCGCGAGCUGACGACGUUCGCAAUAUGUAUUCUAGCAUUGCUGAUCCUCACGUUUGGCUCUAUGGCACUUGCUGUCCCGUGGGUGAACCCUAUCUUGGUUCUGUUUACUAUUGCUAUUACAUGGUUGGCUACUACCAUGCUAUACGAAGGAUUUAUAUUCGGAAACUGGGAACGGAGGGCCCUGCGCAGUACACUUGAAGACUUGGAAUUGCACAAGCAAGCUUUAGUUGAACACUUCUCCCAAGAAUGACCCGGAGUAUAAGCUCAUCUGUAGGGACGAUACCAAUACAUCACCUAUUUAAAAAUGUCGUUUCAGAAUACUCAUCGUAUGCGAACGCGUGGGUACCAUGAGCGUAGGUGGCACUUUCCGUUUCGACCCACCAAUGAGCCCCGCCGUCGCUACAGCAAGGUGCGGCGAGCCUUGUGCACGUAACCUACGUGUUUAUAAGAUGCAAGGUUGUAUGCAUACCUUCGUGGAACACUUGCUGGAGAGGAAUCCAAAAUUAU